UUCCACUCAGUUUCUCGCAGUUUAAAAUGGCGGCGUUGAGCAGCGCCGAGUCCCCACCGCCCGUUUUUAACGGAGACACCACGGAGCUGGAGCCGGGCAGGGAGCAGGGCCUUGAUGAGCUGGGCGCCGGACUGGACUCGUCCUGCUCGUCGAGGAUCCCCGGAGGUCCGCAGGAUGAGGAGAUCUGGAACAUCAAACAGAUGAUAAAGUUAACACAGGAACACUUAGAAGCUCUUCUGGACAAGUUUGGUGGUGAGCACAAUCCUCCCUCCAUAUACCUAGAGGCCUAUGAAGAGUACACCAGUAAGCUGGAUGCUCUGCAACAGAGGGAGCAGCAGCUGCUGGAGGCCAUGGGUAACAGUGCAGACUUCUCCUGCUCUCCUUCUCCAAUGCCAACCCUUCUGGAAGUCAAGAUGGGAGGUUGUGGGGUUGGUGCAGGACCUCAGACUUUCCCAUCAGCCCCAAACACUUUGGCUGUCCUGCAGACCCCCACCGACACCAGCCGAGCCAACCCUCGCUCCCCCCAGAAGCCCAUCGUCAGGGUCUUCCUGCCCAAUAAACAGCGAACAGUGGUCCCGGCACGCUGUGGGAUGACUGUUAGAGACUCCCUGAAGAAAGCCCUGAUGAUGCGAGGACUCAUUCCAGAGUGCUGUGCAGUCUACAGAAUACAGGACGGAGAGAAGAAGCCUAUUGGCUGGGACACAGACAUCUCGUGGCUGACAGGGGAGGAGCUGCAUGUAGAAGUUUUGGAAAAUGUGCCACUCACCACACACAACUUUGUGAGGAAGACCUUCUUCACGCUGGCCUUCUGUGACUUCUGCAGAAAGUUGUUGUUCCAGGGUUUCCGCUGUCAGACCUGUGGCUACAAGUUCCACCAGCGUUGCAGCACUGAGGUUCCUCUCAUGUGCGUCAACUACGACCAGCUAGACUUGCUGCUAGUGUCAAAGUUCUUCGAGCAUCAUCCAUUCACCCAGGAGGAGGUCUCCUCGGAGGGAACCACGCCUGUGUCUGAAGCCUGUCCAUCACUUCCCCCAUCCGACUCCAUGGGCUCUAUAUGCCACACCACUGUGUCACCGUCCAAGUCCAUACCCAUCCCGCCCAGUUUCCGGCCCAACGAGGAGGACCACCGCAACCAGUUUGGCCAGAGGGACCGUUCAUCCUCUGCCCCCAAUGUCCACAUCAACACCAUUGAGCCUGUCAACAUCGAUGACCUGAUCCGAGAUCAGGGUUUGCCACGAUCAGAUGGAGGCUCAACCACAGGUCUGUCUGCCACACCUCCCGCCUCUCUGCCCGGCUCUCUGACCAAUGUCAAGGUCCCACAGAAGUCACCGUGCCAGCAGAGGGAGCGCAAAUCGUCCUCCUCGUCCGAGGACCGCAAUAAGAUGAAAACGCUGGGGAGACGGGACUCCAGCGAUGACUGGGAAAUCCCAGAAGGUCAGAUCACUCUGGGUCAGAGGAUAGGUUCUGGAUCUUUUGGAACAGUCUUCAAGGGAAAGUGGCAUGGUGAUGUGGCAGUGAAGAUGCUGAAUGUCACUGCUCCCACGCCACAACAGCUUCAGGCAUUCAAGAAUGAAGUGGGAGUCCUCAGGAAAACGCGUCACGUGAACAUCCUGCUCUUCAUGGGCUACACCACCAAGCCCCAGCUGGCCAUCGUGACCCAGUGGUGUGAAGGCUCCAGUCUAUAUCACCACCUGCACAUCAUCGAGACCAAGUUCGAGAUGAUCAAGCUGAUCGACAUAGCCCGGCAGACUGCUCAGGGCAUGGAUUACCUGCAUGCCAAGUCCAUCAUACACAGAGAUCUGAAGAGCAACAAUAUUUUCCUCCAUGAGGACCUGACGGUGAAGAUCGGGGACUUUGGUCUGGCUACAGUGAAGUCCCGCUGGAGCGGUUCCCACCAGUUUGAACAGCUCUCAGGCUCCAUUCUUUGGAUGGCUCCAGAGGUAAUCCGGCUGCAGGACAAGAAUCCCUACAGCUUCCAGUCAGACGUCUACGCCUUUGGCAUUGUACUCUACGAGCUGAUGUCAGGAGCGCUGCCCUACUCCAACAUCAACAACAGAGACCAGAUCAUAUUCAUGGUGGGUCGAGGUUAUCUGUCUCCUGACCUCAGCAAGGUUCGCAGCAACUGUCCGAAGGCCAUGAAGAGACUGAUGGCUGACUGCCUGAAGAAGAAGAGAGAGGAGCGACCUCUCUUCCCUCAGAUCUUGGCAUCCAUUGAGCUGCUGGCUCGCUCAUUACCCAAAAUCCACCGCAGCGCCUCAGAGCCUUCUUUAAAUCGAGCCGGCUUUCAGACAGAGGACUUCAGUUUGUACGCCUGCGCCUCACCUAAAACCCCCAUCCAGGCUGGCGGCUACGGGGAGUUUUCAGCAUUUAAGUAAGAGCGGCAGAGCCCACCAGUCCGUCCCUCAUCACUUCUCAAAAGUCUCGUGUCCCUGCGGCGGAUUCAUUCAUUACUGGAAAAAAAGGAAACAAAAAAGAAACAAAAUGGUCUCAAAGAAUGUGCUGUUUUCUUCCUCUGUCAUCUUGAAGAAGGCAGCCUCACUUAACAGCCAGCUGUCCACCGAGCAAACGGCAGCGACAGACACAACUGCAUUAGGAAAAAUAAAAAAAUCAACAAACUUGAAUUAUACAGAGUCAAAAAAGUAAAGACAAAAAUAUCCAUACCAAAACAGCGCUGAGGAAGAGAUGGUAAUCAGCUUGCCUGCUGGAGAAAUAUCUGAAGGCAAAGGGAAAGUAAUUUAAAGGAGAAGCUUUGGAUGCAACUUGUCCAGUCACUCGUUGUGCUUGUUGGGAGGAAGGCUGGAUAUUAGCCGGGCUGUUGAGCGUCGGCAGAACGGAGCCUGUGGAAGGAGAAGAGGCUUCAUGUCGUCAGCUGAUGGAAGGCGUUAGCCCUUCCCUGGGAUGGGCUGAAGGUCACUCAGCAGGGGUCAACUCUGAAGGAAGAUAACCUGAAAGAUAGAUCUAUUUACAUUUUUUUAAUUUGUCUCUCAUGUUUCAGAUUUUAGCAGUUGCUGGAAAUACGUUUUGUCCUGCAUCUUUUUAAAAGACAGCAGCCGUUUUAGAAGAAAGCAGCACACGCCUUUGCUUUUUUGUCUUUUUGGGCUUAGGGCAGUCUCAGUUCCACAGAAUGCUGCAUUUUGCCUUCUUGUUUGUCUCCAACAUGUUUGACACCGUCAAAGAGCAACAGCUGCUUUCUGCCAGCUGGUUUUUCUCUGUAUUUAAGACAAACUUUGCUGUGACAGCAGGAGAAGAGUCUGCUCUGUGGGAGCUCAUUUGUUUCUUUGUAGCAGCUUCACCUGAAGGAUUUUUCCCAUUCCAUUUUAAAAGCCUGACCAACAAGGGUCUUCACCGAGUGAGCGCUCGCUCUCCACCCGUCAGUGAACCUCAGGAUGUGUUGCAGAGAAAAGCAGAUUUGUUCAGUGAUAGAAGAUGCAGGAGACGAGGCAGGCGUGUCAUCCUGUGAAAGGUUUAAGCCGGACCGCCGCCCAGCGUUUCCGCACAGCUCGCCGCGUACGGCUUCUCCAAGCUCUCGAGUUGUUACGCAACAUUUGUGCGACUCAGCAUUUCUUUGCUUCUCACAUGUUUUCAGAUUAAUUUUUACACUAAGUACAUGUUGUGCCAUUCCUUUAUUUUCUCCUUGUUGGACCGUAAAGCUUUAACAUUGCACUCAGCUUAAAUGGGGAUCUUACUGGCUGCAGCGUUACCUGCUGAGAGGAUGUUGAUCAAAGGCUCAUUUGAAAAUUCUGGAAAUGUCCUUUUAAUCACACCUUUUACUUUCUCUGUACACAUGCACCUGUACGUUCUUCAUGCCGGCGUGUGUUAGCAGUUGGGGUGUUAUUACAGGUUCUUUUUAUUUUGUUAUUGUCAUUGUUUGCCUUUUUCUGUACAGGCAGGCCUGCAGAUAUUUACUUAUUUAUGUGAGUUUUUUAUGGGUUUGUUUUCAGGCUUUAUUUGACGCUAUUUUUGAAACUGUCUUUCAACGCUUGUUUUAGUCAUUUGACUCAUAAUUGCACUUUGUAGAGAUGGAUUGAAGCAAAUGAGUGAUUUGCCUUUUUUUAAUUGAAAAAAAAUGUGACACAGAGCAGAUGACUCAAAGUUUGACUUCCAGUGAAGGUGGCAUCCGCAGGUGCAGGACUGUGAGUACUUUGCUGCGAAUGUUCGUUUAUUGUCUGGACGGUCUCUGAUGCACACCUGCAGGGGACAGAGCUGAGCAGUGAGGCUGCUCGCCUCAUGUUGUGGAGGAGACACGCGUCUAGGUGGCGUGUCAGACCGAACACUGACAGACUUGGUUCUUCUCGUUCACGUGUGUCUUUCCAUUACAAAUAACAGAAACAGCAACGUUACCAUCGCACUCGCUCCACUCAGUCACGUUUGGCCGUCAGAGGGAGAGACAGGGCUGAGAUGUGACAGCCUCACCGUGGACCACAGUCAGGGAGCCCUCUUUGGACAUUUUCAGCCACUGAGCACAUGUGAAGUAUGUUACAAGAAACAUGUUGAAAAUACAAACUGGAGAGAAGUCUUAGUAGAAACACACGUAACAAAGUCACAAGUAUGAUGAAAAUCAGAGCUUUGUUUGCAGGUUCAUUCUCCAGAUGUGUUUUAAUAAGCGAAUAACUGAGACCACGCCUUCCCUUCCAGCAAGUUUGUAUUUUUGACAUUUUCUAAAACAAGUUUUAGUGACCACACAAUGAGAUGAUCUGCUUUGUAAAUUGUGAAAAUCAUACUGCAACACUUUCAUAUAGCCAAGAAACAGGAUACAAAGUAUCUCCAGAAAAAGAAAACCUUCCACAGCUUCACUCCAUACGUGCUCAGCUGGGAUCUUACAUGUGUCGCUCAUAGUGCUGAGGGGAUUGUACCAGUGGAGUCUGUUGGAGAAACUAUGGCCAACCAAUAUAUCUCUCUCUAUAUCAAUGCACCCUGGUGGCAUCACUAACUGCUGUAUAUUUUUGGCUGCAAGUGUGGGGUAAGACUUUUCAAUGUUUAUUACAGCCAGACCACAUUGGUCUCUUUAUGAAUUCAGCAUGAGAUGUGCAUAAACUUCAGCGGCUCUGCUAGAUGCUGCCGGCCCAAACACCAAGCAGGCUGCGACAGAAAGAGCCGGUGGCAGCUGAGCAUUUUUCUCAGCAGCUUGUGGAGACCAAGCGAACCGAAAGAAGAGUGAAUUGUGUGACUUAGCCUGAUAAUAAUGAAUGCUUGUGUUGCUGUGUGUACGCUGGAUGUGCAGCUAGCUGCUUGCUAACACGUUACCAUGACUAUGUUGACAUAUCAGGUUGCAUUGUUGAAUAUUUGCUUUUUUCACAUCAGCAGGUAAACUGCAACAUUAGCAUUCAUGUGCAGACAUGUCUGAGCAUUGUAGUCAUUGUCGUCAGGUCAGGGAUUAAGGAAUUUUUCCAGAUAGGUCGAUGACAUUCCAAAUUCUUACAGGGAGAACCUGUUUGUAAGGUUGAGUUUAUCUGGGGUUUGGGCAAAGGGUCCAAUUAAGGCCAAACUUUUUCUGCAAUGUCAAGCUACAGAAGCUCAACAGUAACACUGUUAUCACCUGACUCCCAGGUACAGGUUUUAUAGACGAUAUACAGAUAUGUUGUUGGCCUUUUGAUUAAUAUUACAUAUCCUGUCUCUAGAGAGGUCCCAUUGACAGCUCUGUAAAACAGCUGGCUGUUCUCCACCUUUUCAGACCUCAAAGUCUUCUGUUUUGGCUUCGUGGAGGAGAGUAGAGCUGUAACUGCUGAGAAUGUCUUCGUUAUGAAAAUCUGAAGUUUUUGAAGAUGAUGAAGGUCGUUCCUGAGUAAAAACACAGGUACACAGGUACCUGCCGGGGACGAGGAGGUCCUGUGGGAGGAAAAUGGCUCUGUCUGAAUACUCGAACUAUCACUGCAAUUUUCAGCUUAUUAAUUUCUGGGAGUAAAGCUGAAAUUCAGUUUUCUUUUUGUUUUUUUGAUGAAGGCACAAAAACAUUUUGAAGGAUUAAAUGUUUCUAAGUUCAGCAAUGGUUGCCUUCAGUAUGUCUCAUGGAUGGCGUGUUGCAUUUACAUAAGCUAACAAUUUACUUUGCUUCCACAGUCCUUUACAAAUUAACCCCACAAAAACACCAGAAUCCCAGUUUUAUCAGACUUCAGUCGACUUUCCACUCGUCUUGUUUAUGUGUCUGAGGAUGUGCAGAAGCUGCAUCUCAUGGCCUACUUCAGCACCAUGAGUUUAGUCAGAAGUUAAGAUGCUCAAACUUUUGAGGAUUCUCAGCUGUGUUGCGUGAAAUGUUGAUCUUGGAUUACUUUGGCAUCCGGAGCUCAGGCAUCUCCUGUUUCCAAGGUGAAAAAUGGGGGUGUUAAGAUCGACUUUUAAGCUCACACAGACCCAAAGUCCCAGAAAUUCUCAGGUCAUGGAGAUGUCUGCUGAUGAAGACCAUGUGAUCCAGUCACCUGCAGUGGCUCUGAGUUGAAAUUGUGAGCUAUUUCCCAGGUCAGCCUCACCGAACAGAGCACACAGCCUUGACCAUCUUCCAAAGGCAGUAUUAUCAUCCUUCUUCCUAAAGCGUGGCAGUUGUCUGCAGUGCUGAGAUCAGCUCACAUGAUUGAAUCUGAGGAAGCAAAUAGUAAUGUUCUUCAAAGUGCUGUAUUUAUUUUUCUUGGAGAUCAUUUUCUAUGAGAAUAUUAUCACAGAUGUAUGUCUGCUCUAGCUUCAUAGAUUCUACAGGAGCAAACACUGGACUCGGUCACUGAGGCUCCACCCCCCCCCACACACACACACACACACACACACACUACUCCUCCAUCACAUCCAUCUUUCUGUUCAGCCUUUCUCAGCUUUUGUGUUCCUUCUGCUUCUUAAACAUUCCCUCCCUUCACCUUCUCCUUGCCUGAACCUUGAACCCAACAGUUCCUUUCGACUGAGUACUAUCAUGUAAAACUUUAUGGAGAUUUGUUUUUUCACCUGUAAAUAGUGUACAAAGGAAAUACUGUCAGUUUGCUAGGAGGCAUGGAGACAACAAAUGUAACAAAUUACAAAAUGUUUAAAAUAAAGUGACAAAGAUUAAAAUACAUUUUCAUAGGCAGACUUCAGAGAAAAAUGGUUGAGUGUAAAAAUAUUUAAGGGUGUAUCAUACAGAGAAAGAGCUUAAUGUAUUUGUUGUGAAUAUGAAAAACUGAUAUAUUAAAGAAGUGCAUGAAAACUUUA